UGAUCAGCUGUGUCCAAACACAGCUCAUCACACUGAUCAUCAGAGCACUGAUGAUCCGUGUGCCCUGAUGAUCUGUGUAGCCCCAACAGUGCCAUCUGUCAGUGUCCAUCAGUGCCAGCUGUCAGUGCUCAUCCAUGCCACCUGCCAGUGCCCAUCAGUGCCACAUUUCAGUGCCUACCAGUGCACAUCAAUGCCACAUAUCAGUGCCAAUCUGAGCUUCCUUUCAGUGUCACCCAUCAGUGCCAGUCAGUGCCACCUAUCAAUGCCAAUCAGUGCCACCUAUCAGUGCCAGUCAGUGCCGCCUAUCAGUACCCGUCAGUGCUGCCUAUCAGUG